UGGCGCACAGGGCCUAGCUUCCUAGGACAUAGUGGGGUCCUCAACUCUUCCUUCCAGACAUUCAGAAGCCACAAAGAGGGGUGAUCCAAGAGGAGCCUGCUCAGGCCUCUUGAUGGAAUCAUUCCAGGAUUCCUUGGGGUUACCCAGAGGGGCCGGAAGCCUACCUAUUGCUGCAUUAAAAAUAGACCUCAGGCAUUUGAAUGGUUGCAUUUUUGUCAUCUUUCCUAUUUGGCCUCUUCCAGGGAGUGUUUGUCCUGAACUUUGUCCUAAUGACACCCACAUAAAACACAGUGGAGGAGAGCAUUGUCAGUAACCAAUGAGAAUGUCUCUGGGCAUGGCCAAGGUGGUGCUGCUAAAACAUUUGAGAGGGGAAGUCUCUGUAUUACUUUGCUCUCUGGUCCAAAUGAUCCAGAGACUAGCCUGCUUAUUUGCCUCACCCCCAGCAUUACAGGUGUUUACUGGCCUCCACUCCAUGGAAAGAUGGGACACAGGGCCCACGUGUGCACACCCACUGAAUGCUCAGUCUCUGCCCUGCCCCCACUUGAGGUUAACAGUGGAGGAAACUAAAAGAUUAAAAGCCUCUUGGCCUUGACAUCAAAGAGGAAGGCAGGCAGUAGACACCUCUCGCCCACCUUCCCCAGGUAGGUCUGGGCAGGAUCGUGGAUGUAGACCCAAGGGCUCUCGGCGCCUCUGACCCCUGCCCGCCCCCAUUUCGGGUAAAUGUGUUGGGGAACUAGAAGAGGGAAGGUGAAGAGGUGCUCGGCCUGAACCCGCACAAGAGGCGGGCCUGGGCCGAGGCAGCCCCGCCCUGCCUCUCUCCGCCUCUCCCCGCCUCCACAGGAGCGUCCUGCGUGCCCGCCGCUGCCGGCUGGCACUGCGGCAGCGCGGGUCGCCUUCGCGUUGUUUGCGCACAGGUGAACACAAGGGACCCUGCGCCCAAACCGCCGCAGAAGGAUCGGGACGCUGUGAGGCUGGAAGAAGAGAUGUUCACAGUCCUGACCCGCCAACCCUGUGAGCAAGCAGGCUUCAAGGCCCUCUCCCGAACUUCAGCCAUCAUCGCCUUGGUGGUCUUGCUUUUGAGCAUUGCGGUGCUUGUGGCUAUUACACUCAUCCAGAUUCACCAGAGGGAGGUCCUCCUUCCAGGACUGAAGUAUGGAAUCGUGCUUGAUGCUGGGUCUUCCAGAACCACAGUCUACGUGUAUCAGUGGCCAGCAGAGAAGGAGAAUAAUACUGGAGUGGUCAGUCAGACCUUCAAAUGCAGUGUAAAAGGCUCUGGGAUCUCUAGCUAUGCGGAAAACCCCCAGGAUGUCCCCAAAGCCUUUGAGGAUUGCAUGCAAAAAGUCAAGGGGCAGAUUCCAGCCCACCUCCAUGGAUCCACCUGCAUUUACCUCGGGGCCACGGCUGGAAUGCGCUUGCUGAGGUUGCAAAACGAAACAGCAGCUAAUGAAGUCCUUGCAAGCAUCCAAAACUACUUCGAGUCUCAGCCCUUUGAUUUUAGGGGUGCUCAAAUCAUUUCUGGGCAAGAGGAAGGGAUAUAUGGAUGGAUUACAGCCAACUAUUUAAUGGGAAAUUUCCUGGAGAAGAGUCUGUGGCAUAUGUGGGUGCAUCCGAAUGGAGUGGAGACCACAGGUGCCCUGGAUUUAGGUGGUGCCUCCACCCAAAUAUCUUUCGCAGCAGAAGAGAAGGUGGGGCUGAACACCAGCGACAUUAUGAAGGUGUCCCUGUAUGGCUAUGAGUACACACUCUACACACAUAGCUUCCAGUGCUACGGCCGGAAUGAGGCUGAAAAGAGGUUUCUGGCACUUCUUCAGGAGUCUUCCACAGAGACCACAUUCACUAACCCCUGUUACCCUCGGAAUUACAAUACCACCUUCACCUCAGCACACGUGUUUGGCAGCCUGUGCACAGUGGACCUGAGACCUGAAACUUAUGACCCUGACAACAUCAUCACUUUUGAAGGAACUGGGGACCCAUCACUGUGUAGGGAAAAGGUGGCAUCUCUAUUUAACUUCAAAGCUUGCCAUGACCAAGAAGCCUGUUCCUUCAAUGGGGUGUAUCAGCCAAAAGUUAAAGGGUCAUUUGUGGCUUUUGCAGGAUUCUACUACACAGCCAGUGCUUUCAACCUCUCUGGGAGCUUUUCCCUACACACCUUCAACUCAAGCAUGUGGAAUUUCUGCUCACAGAAUUGGAGUCAGCUUCCACUGCUGCUUCCCCGGUUUGAUGAGGAGUAUGCGCGCUCCUACUGCUUCUCAGCCCACUACAUCUACCACUUGCUUGUAAAUGGAUACAAAUUCACUGAGGAUACCUGGCCCCAAAUACAUUUUAAAAAAGAAGUGGGGAACAGCAGCAUAGCCUGGUCUCUCGGCUACAUGCUCAGCCUGACCAACCAGAUCCCAGCUGAAAGCCCCCUGAUCCGCCUGCCCAUCAAACCAUCUGCCUUUAUGGGCAUCCUUGCCUCUUUGCAGCAGUGGCCUUGCUGUGUCUGACAUACUUUGUGUACCUGUGUGUGCUGUCCAGGAAUCAGAGGCACUUGCAGCAUACCUUGGACCAUGCGGUGGAUUCUGAGUGAGCCUCACAAAGCAGGUCCUGGAGCCUGAGGGUUGCCCAGAAGGCCUGGGGGGAAAAAAGCAAUGCAAGCAAAAUGCCUACCUUCAGGAAACACAGCUGAAGUUAAAUACAUAGGUCAUGUGACUCUCAGAUGCUGAUUUAUGCCAAAGCACCUCUUGGGGAGUACCUCAGCCUUUCUGUGCACAUUGCUCCACCAGACAUCCCAUCACCCACUAGUUGACCUACUGGGGAACAGAGACAAGACAGGCCAUCAAAGUCAGCCUCCUUAUUCCAAGUGUCCCAGAGGAAGAGUUAAGAAUAUGACUAUUUACGGAGUCCCUAUUGUGGCUCAGUGGUUAACAAAUCCGACUAGGAACCGUGAGGUUGCAGGUUCCAUCCCUGGCCUUGCUCAGUGGGUUAAGGAUCCAGCAUUGCUGUGAGCUGUGGUAUAGGUCGCAGAUGCGGCUCAGAUCCCAAGUUGUUGUGGCUCUGGCAUAGGCCGGCAGCUACAGCUCUGAUUAGACCCCUAGCCUGGGAACCUCCAUGUGCCUCAGGAGUGGCCCUAGAAAAGGCAAAAAGACAAAAAAAAAAAAAAAAAAAAAAAAGAAAGAAAAAGGAAGAAAAGAAUAUGACUGUUUAAUAUUGAAGAAUUGACCUAAGGGCUCAGUUUACAUUUUCCCUCCUUUAGAAAUGCCAUAUUCCUCCCAACAGGUUUAGAAGCUGGCAAGUGUCUAGUAAGCAUCUGGCCUAAUCAGAAGUCUGUCUCUUUGGCUGCACCCAUGGCAUUCAGAAGUUCCCAGGCAAGGGAUUAAACCCACACCACAGCAGUGACCUAAGCCACAACCGUGAUAAUGCCAGAUCCCUAACCAUUAGGCCACCAGGGAACUCCUCAGAUAUAUCAUUUUAUGGCUUCCUCUCUUUGGUCCUUAAUUAGACUUUCCUUAACAACUCCAAAAACAUUGAGCUCCCUCAGAUUGGUAGAAUUUCCUAUCUAGGGAUGAGGGGGAGCCUUUUACCCUGAGGACAGUGGCCACAGCCAAGUUCCUCUCAUGUAGGCAGAACCUUAGAAUGCCUGCAAGAAAACUGUAGGCCAUUCCUGAAGUGGGAUUCCCACUCCACCCAUGGUCGUUAGAUUGCCACCUAUGUAUCAUUCUCACCUCCCCUUCCCAUUGCUAUGUCCCUCUGUAAGUUGCUUACUCCUAACAAGGAUUCACAUUCCAGAUCAUUCUGCCUUUGCUAGGCUUUUGCUUAGAGCUGUCUUUCCAUCAUUAUCACCUUGUGUAUAUUUCAGCUACCAUUCCCACAGGUAUACCUAAUGCGGUCACAAGACAUACUAUUCUAAAAUUUGUUUAUUGAUUACUUUCCUAGAUAGUAGGCCUUUUCAUAAAAGUCACAGUUUUUGACUUAAGGAAAGAAAAGGAAGCUGCAGGGACAUUUAACUCCAAAGUGGGAUGGGAAAGAACUCCAGCAAGUCCAAUGGUUACAAAUUAAAAAUCAGCAUUCUUUCAGAUUAUAGUUUGUUUGCUGAAUAUGGAAUAAAGGAGUCUUAUUUUAUUGUGA